GGGGAGUCACCUCUGCCCCUCCCCCACCCUCGGACCCCUCCCCCACCCUUGGGGGGGGGUCACCUGAGCCCCUCCCCCCCCCCCCACUUCGGGAAUUCUCGGUGGGAAAACUCAGGUGCCGCCAUGUCGGCCGCGCUGGUGCUGACCGUUUACAUCCUGACCUUCGCCGUCGGCUUCCCGGCCAACGUCUUCACCUUGGCCGUGCUGGCGGCCAAAUGGCGGCGCCGCCCGUCCGCGGCCGCGCUGACCACGGCCGAGCUGCUGCUGCUCAACCUGACCGCGGCCGACCUCCUCCUGCUCGUCUUCCUGCCCUUCAAGAUGGCCGAGGCGGCGGCGGGGAUGGCGUGGCCGCUGCCGGCCGCGCUCUGCCCCGUGGCCAACUUCUGCUUCUACUCCAGCAUGUACCUGAGCAGCCUGUUCCUGGCGGCGCUCAGCGUCCAGCGCUACCUGGGCGUGGCCUUCCCGCUGCGGCUGCAGGGCCGGCGCCGCCCCGGCCGCGUCCUGGCGCUGGCCGCGCUCGUCUGGCUGCUGGCCUGCGGCCACUGCUCCAUCGUCUUCGUGGCCGAGUUCACCCGCGCCGACAACGGCGGGGAACGGGGCAACGGCAGCGGCGCGGCGGCUGGGGGGAGUGGCAGGGUUGGAGAUGCUGGCCGCGUUGACCUCAUGGCCAACCCCAGCUUCAACCCCGUUGACCCCAUGACCAACCCCACUGACCCCAAAACUCUCAACCUUGUUGACCCCAAGACCUUCAACCCCGUUGACCUCAUGGCCAACCCCAUUGACCUCAAGAGCUUCAACCCCAUUGACCCCAAGAUCUUCAACCCCAUUGGCCCCAAGAUCUUCAACCCCAUUGACCCCAAGAUCUUCAACCCCAUUGGCUCCAAGAGCUUCAACCCCACCGAUCCCAUGGCCAACCCCACUGACCACGAGAACUUCAUCCCCGCUGACCCCAUUGAUCCCAACACGUUCAACCCCAUUGACCCCAUGGCCACCAUUGACCCCAUGGCCAACCCUGUUGACCCCAUUGACCAUAGGAGCUUCAACCCCAUUGACCCCAUGGCCAACGCCAUUGACCCCAUGACCCACAAACUCAAACUCAUGGACCCCAAGACCAACCCCAACCUCUCCAAGACCCCCAACCCCACUGACCCCAAGCCCCCCAACCCCCAACCCCCCAACCCCAUUUACUCCAAGACCUUCAACCCCGCUGACCCCAAGACCACCCCCACCCCCUCCAAGCCCCCCAACCCCAAACCCCCAAGCGCUGCUGGCGGCCCGCGCUACCCGCUUAAACGCCGGGCCGUGGGCCUGGCCGUGGCCACCAUGGUGAUCUUCGGCCUCUGCUUCGCGCCCUACAACGUCUCGCACGUGGUCGGCUUCUGGCAGGGCCGCAGCCCCGGCUGGCGCGUCUACGCCACGCUGCUCAGCGGCCUCAACGCCGCGUUCGACCCGCUCGUCUUCUACUGCUCGUGCGGCGCCGUGCGGCAGGCGCUGGCCGGGAGCUGGGCGGCGCUCAGGGCGCGGAUGGUGGGAAUACAUCGGUGA